AUCGCCUCCUAAAAGCACAAGCAUUUUUCAGCUGCUCGUUUAUAAACACAUCUUUUAUACUUCGUUUAUUAUGUCGAACAAGUGAAGCUCAUUUGCCAGCAAAAUUUGCGGAAAAGAAUGGCGAAUUCAUUGCAAAUUCAAGCUUCGCUCAAGAGUCCCCCAUCAAUUAUCCCAACUUCGUCGUUCGGCAAAGAUAACAAUACUCCACAAACAAAGCCUUGGAGCUAUUUGGGAGCAACCAUUUCCACUCCCAGGAGGCUUCAGAAUGGGAGGAGAAUAGUUUACAGGGACCGCAAAGGGAUUGCUUGUAAUGGGUUUUUGCUGCCUGUGGAUCCAUGGGCACCCACCAUUGAUUCACAGAGCGUAGCCUCGCAGCUGUUUGCUUUCUCUCUCUUCCCGUACAUGGGCUUCUUGUAUUUCAUCACCAAAUCAAAGUCUGCACCCAAGCUCACCCUUUUCGGAUUCUAUUUCUUGCUUGCCUUUGUUGGUGCCACAAAGGAAUUCAGAAGUAAAACAAUAAGCAUAUCUGAGAAGGCAAAGGUGCACUAUGGAACUUCCUUAUCCAAUGUUGACUGGUUGCAUGGCGGAGCUGAAUCACUGCUUACCCUCACCAAUAUAUUUAUCGUCUUAGGCCUUAGGGACGCUCUUCGGAAAACCAGAGACGAAAAUACAAUUACACCUAAUUCUUCCUUUGGAAUCAAAGAUGAAGAGAAGUCAUCAAUCUAGGUGAUAAUGCGAAAUUAUGAUACUCAUGGUCUAUAACUGGGGAAAUGAAAUGCCGUGUUAUUUCAUGUUCAAACUAGAGUGAAAUUUAUUUUAUUCUCUGUAAAUUCGAAUGGAUAUCAUUCUUGUAAUGUUUUUGACAUGAUACGGGAACCUUCAAAUGUGCCAACUGGGCUUACUGGAGGAGGCAUAGAUUCUAGUAUAUGUAUCCAUUUCUACAUUUAGUCCUUUUCUAUGCAGCUGUAUUUUCCUCUUAUUUUAAUAUGUUUCUGUUCAACAAUUUGGGAUUGUAGCUCUUUUCCCUUUUCCUUUUCUUUUUCUUUUUCU